CUUUAUGAUUUAUGACAACUCAACGCUGUAUCGUAUUACCUGAGGUAAGUUAGACCUUUGGUACUUAGACUACUCUGGUUCUGUAGUCUGAUAUCUAGGGCCUCCUAAAGAAGAAGAAGAAGAAGAAGAAGUUAGACCUCGUGCUCAGCCGAUGAACUUUCGAUAGCCGAUCAGCCGAUAUAAAUUUCAGAAUAGCUAUUUGUAUAAGUUUCUCAUAAACCUCACACAUAAAUAUUGCAUCUUUUGAAGGAAAUAAUAAGCCUCCUUUAUUUUUUAUGGAAAUCAAAUCAUGGUCGUAAGAAUUUAGCUGAAGUUCUGUCAAAGCGUCAACACAUUGUUCAAAAUUUUUUUUUGUUAAAAAACGUACUGCAAUACCUGAUAUGUAUGAUAUAAUACUGCGGGAGCAUUUCGUAAUUAGGUGCGAGUUAUUUUUAUUACAAUACAAAGCAAUAUCAUAUAUUUCUAGUUUUUAUUAUCACAAUUUGAUGCAUCAGUUAUUAAUGUCUAUUUUCCAUUAUUGGCGGUUUUAUUUACUGUCGUAAUUAAAUUUAAUCAAGAAGUGAAAUAUACUUAUAUAUGAUAAUGAAAUACAGUUUCUAGAUGAAUCUUCUUUUAAUUCCAUAUGAAGCAAAAUUUUUUUUAUUGCACUUUGAAAUUGCUUUAAACUGAGGGUUAUUAUUGCAUCUAAAUUGCUGUCUUAUAAUACUAAACAUAAGUUCUAAAUGAUCUUGACUUAAUUUGAAAGUGCAAAUAUAUUAUAACAAAGAAUUUGGUUUUUCGCAAAGCAUAAUCCCAUUAAACAUUUAAUUGAAACACAAGAACCUAAAAAUCUAGCAUUUCUACGAGAAUUAAUGAGCAUGUUUCCAUAUGGAGUUUCCUUUAAAUUAGAAAUAUAUUCAAAACAUUUAUUUAAUUUUGCAUACAUGAUGUUUCUAUUUGUAAAAUUAAUUCGUGCCCUAUUAAUUUAUCUCAUUGCAGGAUUCAUAGUGAUUCUAUUUGUUCUAGAUGUACAAUUUAAUUAUAAAUGUAUUUUUUUUAUUUUUUAAAUAUAAAAUAUAUAUCUUUUAUAUAACACAGAACAUGUUAAAUUAUAUUAACAGAAUUUUGCUAAAUUAUAGGUUUAGAAUGGAUCUUAAUAGUCUUGUAUGUAUUCUACCUACUAAUAAGAAUUUAUAAAGUGUAGUAACUCGUCCUACAUUCGAGUAUUCAAAGCCCAUUUUACCUUUUACCUCGUGUGUCUCUCACUGGACGCAGUAAUAGCGUGCAACGCGGCUUACCAAGAGGAAAGGAUAGCUCCAGCGGGAAAUCGCCGCGAUGCGUGUCCGAGAGGUACGCGUGUAGCAGCACUUUCAUUGUUCUUCUGUGUCUUGGAGUGAAAAGGUGCGAGCGAUUUUGCGUGAGUUACCACGAGCACCAGCUGACAUAUCUGUCAUCGUCGAAAGACGAAAGUACUCUAAAUAUUCUGCGAAGUAAUGCAGUUCAGACAGCUGGCAAUUUGGUUAUUUGAGCUCUUGUCGAUUAGUUUAGCGUAUACCGGUAUUAGAGACUGGGAUGCAUGCAGUGGACGAUUGGAACGUGCUUUGGACGCAUUGCACAGAGAUUCCACUAGAAGAAACAAAUUGGACGAAGAGGAGACCGGAACAUUGUAUCAGCGUGAACUACACUCCGUCCCUCUGGAAAUGUCUGUUUCCCGUAUGACCGUAAAGCUCUCGGAGAACACAAAGGAGUCCGGAGGUCACUGGGCACGAGUAGAACAAUGUGUGUACGAUCCCGAUCAUAAUUCUCUGAAGACACGCGUCGUAUUCAACGAUCUUUCGGUGUCCGGGAUGGUGUCCUUAAUGCCGCAAAAUCAACAUGCCCUACUUUCCGCUGAAUCUUGCAGAAUGACGUUGCGACUGAGACGCGCAGGAAUAGAUUUUCUCACCAGUCCAAUCGCCCGUGGACGCGGCCAGAUGCGUAUACGUACAGAAUCUAGCUUUCUGGAGCCCAGAUUCGCGUCGAUCUACGCGUACGAUUGCCGAUCUACACGUAUUGACAAGCAAAUCAAACGGCAGGAUAAAUGGCCGCCAUAUCACCUACCUAACGUCAAAAAGGUAACACCGAUGCUGUCGUUAUCUUUGAAUGACAAGUACGAUGCUGCGGAACCAAGACAAUUGGCGGGCAACACCAAAGAAAUGGAUAUCGUUAUACCGAACGACAGUCGACAUCCGCGUUACUUGCAUGCACCCGAGACGAAUUUCGGUGUAUGGAGAAAGAAUUCGUGGAUCACCAAAUCGUCAUCACGUCGUAAACGCUCAAUGGCGCGUACCGCAAUGAUUAUCACGUCGCGGGACUUUGUUGAUUCUCUAAUAAAUAGGCGCAAAUCAAUGGAGAAGCCUGCGAAUUUCACUAAAAUUCUUAAUCUAACCAAUGAUUUUCAAAACGAGGAUUCACCACAAAAUGCAUCACGAGAGACGAGAGAACUCGUAAUAGAUGACAAUCUCGACAACCUGUUUUCCGUGAACUCGGAGGAUCCCAACAGGAGUUGGCAAUCUAAAGAGUAUAUUACGAGAGAGAUGGAAGAUGUAUUUUUGCAAAGUGCUAGCCAAGCGUUGACUAGAUACAUCGAACGUCAACUGCAUCCGGCGAUCAAAGAGACACUAAUGCUGUCUAUGGGCUACACUAUUAGUUAUGGCUGAAACUUGAAGAAUAUUCAGCAUAUUGUAAUUAAUCCUUCAGAAACCGAAUUAUUUUGUCAUUAAAAAAAUCUUUUUUACUAAUUUUAUUUCGAAUAUUUUACAAGUAAAGAUUCUUCCAAUAUUUUCUUUAUUUUAUUUUUUUCGUCAUCUAGCCUCUUUGGAAGAUUUAGAAAUGCCUUAUUAUUUGACCAUAUUAAUUAUAGACUUAAUGGACAUUGCGAUUGAUCGCAUCCCAAUUUCUUAUUUGAAAAAGGUUUGGACUAAUUGUAAGUUAAGUUCGGGAUUAAUUAGGAGAUACAUUUUGAUAAAAUAUUACAAACUUACAUAAUUAUUUAAUAUUCUAUAUUAUAUUAAGUUUAUAUAAUUGUGCAAUUUCACAUAGAUAUCCUGUGAUAGUUUUAGUAAUGAUCAUUUAUUGCUUGCGUACACGGAGAUGCUGUAUCCCCGCACUAACUAGUGGCAGCAAUACCGAAAACUUGUUUAGAGCAAACCUUAUAUCGUAUUGAGAAAAUUCAUUCGUUUAUAACAUAUUUCCAUAUCAUUUCUUUUAUGCGCUUGGUGUACAAUAAAGCUUUCAUUUGUACA